GGCAAUCAUAAUAACAGAUUUCAUUUGUCGCUACGUUAGACGUAUGUUUCUCUGUCAAAGUUCUUCAUUUAAAAUCCGGUAACUGCAAUUCCGGUAAUUGUUAACCACUGUAGGUUUUUAUUCGAUCAAAGUGUGAGUAUUCUAAAUCAAGGACAUGACUGAUUCCACAUCAGUUCGCCAGGUGAUCAUCGACUUUAUCUGCCUUGCUAUUGUUUGGGUGCCUGCUCUGAUUUGGCACCUGAUCGGUAAGCCAUUUCAGCGAGGAUUCUACUGCGAUGACACCUCCAUCCGAUAUCCUUACAAGGACUCGACCGUUACGGACGCAGAACUUAUAGGUUAUAGUCUCAGCGUGCCUAUCUUACUGAUUAUAAUUGUGGAGAUUGUAAGCUGGAAACGUAACUCAAAAUGGGAAGGGAUCAUCCAGCAGAGCAGUUCUUCAACGACUAAUAUUUCAUCUUCUAUCCGCUUCCGGUCCGUGGUGAUCAAAAUUGUCCACAUAGUCGCAAUCUUCCUAUUCGGUGAGGGUUGCUCACAAUUGGCUACGGAUAUCGGGAAAUACUCCGUUGGACGUCUCCGUCCGCAUUUUAUUGACGUCUGCCAACCAGCAAACUUGAACGAGUUGUGUCCGUUGGGUGGGCCACCCAUUUACAUCACCGAUUACACCUGCACGGGCACCGACGAGAAAAAACUUCUAGACUCUAGAUUGUCUUUCCCGUCUGGUCACUCUUCUUUUUCGGCCUAUUCGAUGUUGUAUCUGGUGAUAUAUCUCCAGUGCAGGAUGAACUGGUCUGGCUCCAAGUUACUUCGGCCGCUGAUCCAGAUUGCAGCGUUGAUAUUUUCGUGGUACACAGGCCUUUCGCGUAUUACUGACUACAAACACCACUGGAGCGACGUAUUGACGGGAUUCGCCAUCGGCUACACUGCUGCGUCGCUCACGUAUGUGUUCGAACAGGCCUUGUACAUAGCUAAAUUCUUCAAGCCAAGUUCUUAUGGCACAACACCGUUGCUGCCUCAAAAUAGAAGUGACAUGACUGACAUCGAACUUCAAAACCACUCAGAAGCUUCGGCCCAAUGUGACUGUGAGACGAGACCAACUUCUACCUAAUGGUCUAAUUCUGAAUUUUAUGAGAUAAGGAUUAAGACAAAAUUCGAAAAGCGCACUAAAAGAAAAUAACCCAUCGACGACAUAGUAACAAAGUGCAUCACCCCCUCCUUAAAAAAAAUAGAUCAAUUUGUACAUAUGACUGCAGAUUAUUCAUAAGUUUUCGUUAUCACAAUUUUGUUUUAACCAGAAGUAAUCAAAUUUCAAAUUUUUUGCUCAGGUCCAACUUUCUCUACUAAUAAUGUGGUAAGCUCUUGCAUAAUUAUUCUUAUUUCAAAACAUUUUCUAUUUCCACGUAUGCGCGAUAAAGGGUCGAGUCUCCAAAACACGAACAGAUUUUAAAAUUCUCCUCAGUCAUCGCUCCUCAUUAAAAGUGUUUAAGUUACAAGACACAUCGUUGUACAAUUAUCCUCCAUCAAAUGGCUACAACAAAACGGCAACCUUGUUGUUACGUCACGAUUAUUGAGGAAAAACAACAGUAGUAAUGGCUCGCAAGUCCAAAUCUAAAUUAGUUAUAUACACGUUCGUUCCCCAGCAGUUAGUCAGCUUCACAUCAAAGUUCACUGUUUGUCUGUUACUUUGACGAAGAGAAAUCACAAAGCUAGUUUCCGUAAUCAUUUGCUGCUGCUGUCACUAGGAUCAGCUGAUGGUGUGUUGUGAUUGCACUUUGACAAUGACUUCUGCCCCACUCAUUCGUCAAGUGCUUAUCAACGUUAUCUGCCUUAUUAUUGGUAAUUACUCCUUAUAUUUAGAUAAGCCUGCAUUAAGAACUUCAAUUACCUGUGGACCUUACUUUGUUGUGUUCCUGUGAAUGAUUUUUUUGGUGAGCCAUUUUGUGAUAGACCAAGUGGAAAUAGAAAACAGCAGUUUACCUUU